GUUAUGACUGGUGUGUAGCAACAAUAAAAAAUUCUGAAUAUGCUAGAUUGGCAUCUGAUUUGGAAAUCAACAAAGCUGUGAUGUUCCUGAAACAAAAACAGCUUCCAGAAGCUAUCGCUACUCUGAAGGCUUUCGAAAGGGAUUCUAAUAUUGCCAUCAAUGCAGCUGUUAAUUUGAGCUUUAUAUAUUACUUGCAAGGAGAUUAUGACAAUGCUGUGAAAUAUGGUGAAGUUGUUGAGAAAGCAAAUGCCAAAAGUGCUGAUGGUUUUGUGAAUUAUGGAGCUUCUUUAAUGGCAAAGGGAAAUCUUGACGAAGCAAUAUUGUGUUUUCAAAAGGCAUUGGAAUGUGACCCGACAUUUUUUGAAGCAAUAUUCAACCUGGGCCUAUGUUUGAAAAGGCAGGGACAUUAUGUGGAGGCUUUGGGUUGCUUUCAGAGAUUUUCUGGCUCUCUUGCGUUAUUGCCUGCCGUUGUAUAUCAGGUGGCUAAUCUGUUGGAACUGAUUGGAGAUAACGAAGCAGCUGCAGAUACGUAUCAGCAACUUCUUGGUUUAGUGCCUACAGAUGCAAGGGCUCUCCAGAAGCUUGGAGAGUUAUAUGAUAAUGAGGGUGAUAAGCAACAAGCUCACCAUUAUCACAGUGAUUCUUACAGAUAUUACCCUGCGAAUCUUUCAGUUAUCGACUGGCUCGGUUCCUACUACAUAGAAAUGCAAGUUGUAGAAAAGGCACUUGCUUACUUCGAAAAAGCCGCCAUAAUGCAACCUAAUGAACCAAAAUGGAACAUGAUGGUGGCGGGUUGUCACAGACGCAGCGGCAACAUGCACAAAGCGUUGACUCUGUAUCAAGAUAUCCACAAACAGUUUCCGGAAAACGCCGAAUGCUUGAGAUUUCUCGUUAGAUUGUGUAGCGAUUUAGGCAUGAGGGAAGCUCAGGAGUACCUUUCGGAACUGAAGAAAUUGGAAAAGUCAAAGGAAGUCAGGGAAAGGGUUAAUAGCAGCAGACCUGGUUCGAGAAGAAGUAAUAGCGGAUUAUCUUCAAGGGCCGGAUCAGGAUUCAGCCCAGUACCAGAAAACACUCAACUCAGAAGCCCUCUUCACUCUGAAGGUAGACAGUCACGUUCGUCCAGAUUAUUGCAGGCCCAUAACAGUGCUGGAAGUGGUGACUCAGGUUUUGGACAACCAACAGCUGAUGCAAGUUAUAUGGACCCACUAGGUCCGAUACCAAUGAGACCGAGAACAGGAGCAGGCAAACCUUUAGAUUUUGAUGAUUUUGGAAAUGAAGAAUUGGGGGAUGAUCUUCUGCCAGAGUGAACCACGAAGUAAUUCUACUACUAAAAUGCACAUGUAUCUUCGAUAUUUAGAAUAAUUAGUUAAUUUUUCUUGGCUGA